AUGCCAAAAGAAAUUAAAGAUAUCAAAGAUUUCUUACUUAUCGCUCGUCGAAAAGAUGCUAAAUCAGUUAUUAUAAAACGUAACCCUGAACGUAAUACACGUCAAGCAAAUACUAAAUUCAAACUUCGAGCUAGUCGAUAUUUAUAUACAUUACUUCUGAAUGAUAAAGAGAAGGCCGAAAAACUCAAACAAUCAUUACCACCUGGCCUUAACGUUAAAGAAGUCAAACCAAAAGCCAAAAGUACAUGA